AUGGCCGUUGCGCGCCAGACCGCCACCCGUCCACCCCCCCAGCCCAGCUAUAUCCUGCGUGGCCAUGUCGCACCAAUCCAUAGCCUCUGCUUUCUUCGUCGGAAUACUCGUCUGCUGACGGGCGAUGCUGACGGCUGGGUUGUCUACUGGAAGGUCGAGACCAAACGAGCCUUGGCUGUCUGGAAGGCUCAUCAUGCUGCCAUUCUGGGCACCGCCGAAUGGGGACGCGACAGGAUCAUCACCCAUGGCCGUGACAACAGUCUCAGAAUAUGGCAGUUGCGCCAGGCCGACGAAGCAACACUGUCAACCACCUUGCCAGCGGAUCAAGCAGCGGCCGACCAGCCAAAACCAUGGCUGCUGCAUACCCUUCCUGUCAAUACCCUGAACUUCUGUGCCUUUUCAAUGUCUCACAACGAUAACCAUCCCUCUGCACAGUCGCACCAACUUGUCGAGCAUUCCAAAAUCGACGACUCCACUCGCAGUGACUCUGUACUCAUCGCCGUACCCGCCAGAGACGACAAGAGAGUGGAAGUCUAUCAAUUCCCGGAAGAGAGGCUGAGGUUCAUCGUGCCGAGGGCGCAGAGUACAGACACAGGUAUGGUCAUGGCUUCCUGGUCGGAUACGAAGGGGGCCUCACAGCAGCUUUCAACCUACCCCCCACACACGAUACCCCGACCGUAG